CUGCGCUCCAGCCCGGGGCGCGCCCGGCCGCCGCUGCCUUUUGCUGCUGCCACCGGCCCGCCUUCCUCCUCCUCGGCUCCCAGGAUCCCUUCUACCCGGAGUCCCAGGCCCUCCUGCUGCAGCCCCUACCUGGGCCAUGUCUUCCUCAGAUGAAGAGACGCUCAGUGAGCGGUCAUGUCGGAGUGAGCGGUCAUGUCGGAGCGAGAGGUCUUACAGGAGCGAGAGGUCAGGGAGCCUAUCUCCCUGCCCUCCAGGGGACACUCUGCCCUGGAACCUGCCGCUACAUGAGCAGAAAAAGCGGAAAAGCCAGGAUUCGGUGCUGGACCCUGCAGAGCGUGCUGUGGUCAGAGUCGCUGAUGCCCUCCGGAGUACAUCCUGCCUCCUGCCUCCUGCUUCCUGCUUUCCCCAUCUCAGCCUCCUUAGAAAUGCAAUAGCAGUCUCACUCACUGGGAGCAAAGGAAAAGCAAAGACCAAAAGGAGACAGGCUCACAGCUUUCCUAACUGUGUGGUCUCGCUAUAAAUUUAGACUGUUGCUUGGAAAAAACCAAAAAAACCUUCUCUUCAUAGACUUCCUUAUUCCCAUCUCCCCCGCCACCCCCCCAGCUGCUUUGUUCCUCUAGCCUUGUAAAAUUUUCUCUGUGUAAAACAGGAACAUCAGCCAAACAUGUGGACUUCCCCCUUUCCAUUCAUUAGAAGAAUACAUUACUUCAAAAUCUCACGGGAGCAUUUAAAUGCAAAUUUUGUUAAGAAAGCAACUUGAGUCUGAGAGAAGCCCUCUAGCCACAAUCCAAACCAGAACUUUCUUCCAUGAUUUCUGUGUUUCUUAAUAGGAAUCUCAACCCCUUGCUUUCUCCCCCCCCCACACCCUCCAGGUCUUUUCUGAUUCCCAGAGUAGAUUCUU